AUGGAGACUUUAGAGGUCCAUUCCAAGGACUACUUGGUGAAAUGGGUCACGGCGCCGGACAACUGUGUCAUUGACUGGCAGGCAAGGCCGUUGAAAAAGUCCAUUAAUUUGGCAAUUUACAUCCGCCGAGGAGGUGAUGAUUCUCCUACAUCUGCUUCAACUAUGGACCCUGCAACUCCAGGAACAGGUGCUGAUGAUGAAACGGAUACGGCCACAGACACUACGGCUCUGCGUAAGCGAUCUGAGUCAAUGGCUUCGGUAAACCAAAUUUCGGACUCCAACAUGUUCAAAACAAAAUCUCGUUCCAGCACCCUUUCGUCGUUGGUGAGCAGCUCUAAUCUUGUUUUGGUGAAGGAUUACCACAAAUUGAUCUCCAACGAGUUGGUACAUGGCAAAUUUGACGUGGAAAAAGGAGGAACCUAUGCGUUUGUAUUUGACAAUUCGUUCUCGAAAACCAUCAGCAAGAAGGUUUUAUUUAGUUCCAAGACUUUGCCUCGGGAAAACGUGCCUGGAUCUCAUUCUGGUGCCAACGGGACGUCGGGAAACGACACUGGCUCGGAACCUAAGGGAGAUGCUGUUGUAGGCAACGUAAUGAGACCCAAAAACGGCCAGUUUCUCCAGAGUAUUCUUCUCAAGAAAAGACGCAAGAAGCUUCAGGGUUUCGUCAAGCGUUUGUUCGUGCUCAAUUUCAAGUAUGGAACCCUCACGUACUCGCAGAUUAACGAAGCCACCAUUCGGGGACAGAUGCCAAUUCGCGAUUCCAUUGUGAGCGCCAAUGCUGCCAAACGAGAACUCAUUGUGGACUCGGGAGUCGAGGUAUGGAACCUCCGGGCCCUUAAUGACGAGGACUUCAAGGUUUGGGUUGAUGCUUUUAACACAGUCAAGAGCGAAACCGGAAAUCAAGUUCAAGGUUCAGGCGACGGAGACACUGCUUCCAAUGCACACGCCAUGUCAGAACUUCGCCUGGUGCACAAGCUGCUCGAGAGUAUGCGUGAGCGCACCACGGAUCCAGUUUUCGCCGAAGAAAUUGCUCGUGUUUAUGAAAAAGUCGACGAUUUACUCGCACAUUUGUCUGAGUUGAAUACCGGCGAUGUGGGCUCGAUUUACUCGCACGGGUUCGUGGAUGCCCAGGACGAUGUCGAUGUCCCGUCCUCGGUUGUAUUAUUACAAGAAGAAACUGUUCCAAGUACUGCUCCUUGGUCGCAAAGAACAGGCUCAAUAUCCAAAGAGUCUCUCUACGAUGUUGCUGAAGAAGAAGAGGUUGUGGAAGACGACGACGACGACGACUCUUUGUCUUCCGUAGAAGAUACGACGCAGUUAAAAGACGUUAUUGAAGAAGAAGAGGAAGAAGAAGAUGGUGAUGAUCUCUAUCCGUUGCCCAUUGAUCCCAUCGAAAGAGACACUAGUAUCACUCGCUGCGACCACACACCUCCUAGUAUCAUUUCUUUUGUUCGUAAGAACGUUGGUAAGGAUAUGAGCACCAUAGCGAUGCCCGUGGAUGUCAACGAGCCGUUGACGAUUCUUCAGAAAUAUGCCGAGAUGUUUGAGUAUGGAAACCUCAUCAACAAUGCGUUGCUGGUUCCUAACGAUAACGGUGAGAAGGUGUUGAGAGUGGCAGCUUUCGCUGUCAGUUGUCUUUCUUCCAUGCGAGCAAGGGAGCGGAAUAUUCGUAAGCCUUUCAAUCCUCUUUUGGGAGAAACUUUUGAGUUGGUUCGUGAAGAUAUGGGAUUCAGACUCAUUGCGGAAAAAGUUUGCCAUAGACCACCUGUGUUUGCCGUUCACGCCGAAGCAAAAGAUUGGACUUUUUCGUUCAGUCCUGCUCCAGCUCAAAAGUUUUGGGGUAAGAGUUUUGUGGUCAGUACCAAAGGAACUUCCAAAUUGACGUUCAAAAAAACUGGUGAAACCUUUCAGUGGUCCCAGCCUGAAUCUCUGAUCAAAAACUUGUUUGCGGGCGAAAAGUACUCUGAACCAUCUUCUUCAAUCACAAUCAAAUCGUCGUAUGGCCAGCGUGCCGUGGUGGAAUUUGCCAAGGGAGGCAUGUUCAGUGGCCGGUCGGAAGCUGUGGACAUUAAAGCUUACGAUUCGUCGAAGAAACCGCUUGCUUAUGCUGUUUAUGGCACUUGGACCGAGUCGCUCACGUUGAAGACGAACAGCACUGAAAAGUUGAUCUGGGAGUGCGGAGCCCUUCUUCCUCCAAAGCAUUAUGGCUUCACGGAAUUUGCUGCUACAUUGAGUAAGAUAACCGCCAUUGAAAAGGACAAGAUGGCACCCACGGACUCUAGGUUGAGACCCGAUAUGAAGGUCUAUGAACAGGGCAACAUUCCUGAAGCCGAAGAGUUGAAAAAUCAAUUGGAAGAGCGCCAGAGAGAAAGAAGAAAAGAAUUGGAAGAAAGCGGAAAGGAACAUGUUCCCAAAUUCUUCAAGCAUACUGGAGGCACAUCUCCCGAUUCUGGAGAAUGGGUCUACAUUACUGGCGAGAAGAGUUACUGGAAUCGCCGUAAGAAGCAGGACUGGGACGAUCUCGUUCGGUUGUGGUAG